CUGUCUACACACACACAAUAGUUGAGGUAAUUUUCCGACUUUGUUUUCUGUUGUAAACUCUAAAGCUGUUGCUGCUAACAAAAAUUGACAGGAUAUAAUACGGCAGCUGGCAUGGCAUCAGCCGGAAAACCAACGCUUGUGUCAUCGGAAUGGUUACAUGAUCAACUGAAGAACAACAAGGGCGUGUCCAGAAGUGUUCGAAUACUUGAUACAACAUUCGACAGAUACAGAAAACUUGACACAUAUAAAGACUGUUACCUAAAAGAACAUGUACCAACUGCUCUUUUCUUCGACCUACAUAAAUGCGUGCAAAGUACAUCUGAAAUACCCCGUAACUUACCGGAGGCAAACAGCUUCACAGAGUACGUGCGAAGUUUGGGAGUGUGGCCUGAUACACAUGUAAUCGUAUAUGACCGGGAUGAUCUUGUGCCAGCAUUUCGUACAUGGUGGCUAUUUAGGAGAUCAAAUUUUAGCAUAAACAUGAAUAAAACCCUUUUGCACUCAUAUGAAGACAUGUUUGAUAAUGUGGCGAAGAGUAAGAACAGACAGAUAGUGGAUUCCAGAAUGAAAAACGACCCUAAAAUGAUAGACCUUGCAAUUGAUGGCGGCAUAAUACCAAACUCGAAAAUUGUGUCAUACACGGACUUGUUUAACGAGGACCAAACAAUGAAAUCACCACCGAUGCUGAAGGCAUUAUUUGAUGUGGCUGGCGUUGAUACAUGUUCACCAAUGGUAGUGACCUGUAACACUGGCAUGACAGCCUGCUGUGUAGCUGCUGCUAUGCAUAUUCUUGGGCAGGACAUACCCGUCUAUUAUGGUUCUUGGACUGAAUGGAGACAACGCGCUCCCGAAGAGUUAAAACAACGAGUAAAUGCAGACGAUUAAAUAUCACAUUGAACUUUAAAUAAUGCUAUAGAUGACCUAGCAAAGGAAACAGUAAUCACCACAAUAUUAGAAUUUAUGAAUAUAUCAGUGUCUUCCUUAAGAUUACAUGUUUAAUGGUAUUGAAUGUAUUUCUUCAGACUUUUAAUAUAUAUAAAUGAUAAUAUAUAAACAGUGAAGAACGUAGGUUUUGAGUUGGAUGUACCAAGAAAGAGCCUUAGUUACAAGUCAUCGGUGGAAACAGGAAUGUGUUGUGUUAAAUGCUUGUUUUACGUUUUAUUCUCCAGAAUUGUCCAUCAGUCUUACUUUAAGACUGUCUCUUCCUUAGAAAAUACCAAAUAGAUAUAUGUUCAGUCGAGUGUAUUUCUACAGAAUCUACGCAAGCUCACUAGACAUCUCUACGUCUCGAUUUCAUUUUGAAUAUAUUAUCCCUUUUUGGCUUACUUUCAAUACUUCUAGGACGACUG